AUGAAGUUCUUGCUUGCAGAUCUCUCUCGGCCUGUCUACGCUGCAGGAAACAGAAACUCAAAUGUGGCGGGCCCGGAAAGAUACCUUGCCAGCGAUGCCGUUGCCAAAACGGCCAAUCUUGAGUGGCGAUUGGAGUUGAUAGAGCAACAGCUCCGGCUAGAAAUUGAUACAUUGCGAGAACAGGUUGCUAAAAUCUCUCACAAUGGCAAUUUAGUCCAGCACAAGGGCUCCUUUUCACCACCCAAUCCAGCAGCCCUCUCGGCAGUGUCGCGGAACAUCUCUUACAAUACUGCCUCCCCUCCGAUUACUGAUGAAAGCGAAUGGGAUGAGCUGUACGAAUUCUUUUGCACCAAUUGCAGCUCAACAAUUGCGGUAAUAGACGACCAGCUAUUCUCGGCUAGUGAAGCCAUGAAGAAUCACCGACUGAUGUCGGCUGUCAUAAGCGCAAUUGCUUCCAGGGCCGUUCGCCCCGAAACAUACCAAUCAUAUGUCGCGGCGGUUGACAAUCUUAUCAUGCAAACCUUUCAAGGGCCAAUGACCGACUUGCUUGGCGUUUAUGCCAUGAUUGUAUUUGUAACAUGGACUGGACGAUCACGCUUAAUGGGCUACGUUGCCUCUGUGGCCACCGAAUUGAAGUUACAUGAAGCCGCGAUUGUAAUUGGAGAUCAAGAUACAGAGCAUACCCAAGAAUUGGUCGAAAAGGCAAGAGCCUGGUUUACCUUAUGCUGUUUGGACUUGCAAACGAACCUCAGUAGGCCCUUUGUCAUAAACAACAUGAGACAGUAUCUGGGUUAUGCGAAGUAUCUCGUUAUGUCUCCCUAUCGCCAUCCCGUCGAUAACCGCAUCUGUGACUGCAUUCAAGGAUUCAUAAUCGCAGGGGAUCUGAAAGGAAAGCUACAGAACUCUCAGAUGAGGUGCAAGCCAUUACCACAAGCGGUCAUUGAUCUUCUUAAUUCUUCCGAUGAAGCUGUCGACAAAUGGCUGCAUGAGAUGACGAAUAAAGUCCAUCCUCUCUACCAAACCUUCUCACAGAAGCAAGAUAGGAACCGAUUAUUGGUACCAUUCGGCUUCAUGAAGCUCUACAUCAAUGGUCUCGUGUUGCAAGGUAUGGGGUCGGUAGAUGACUUGAGCUCAGAUCCGGUUCGAAUCGAAUUCAUUCGGCGAGCUCUAGAUAGCGCAAGCUUGAUUGUCGAAACACAACAUGAUUCCACAUCUUUCCGACGAGCAUUCAAAUACAGCAUAGACUAUGCCGGGAUACCAUUAUACUACGCAAUCUGCUUCAUCUUGAAAGCUCUCCCCCUAUCUUACAGUUUCGUCGACGCUCGGCGUCUUCUCACCAGGGUUGAGCAAGCAGCGGAGAUGUUUGAAGAAGGAGGAGCUCAAGAUACCGCGAAUGAGCUUCGACGAGACAGAGAUAGAAUAGCGGCGGUAACCCAAACAGUCCUGACUCCUCGGACUAUCCAAGAUCCUAGUGGGGACAUCCCACUCAGCGAGCUCUUUGAUAUCCCCAGUUUCAUCGAAGAUAUGCAGACGUGGGACGAAAACUUCCCAGCAUUAGGUAUAUUUCCUUCGGAGUAA